GCAUUUUCCAGAAAUAAUGCUUGGCUACACACAUGUAAGGUUUAUUGAGAUUUUCUGUCAUGUUCACAGAUGUUCUUGGCUUGCUCAGUCUCUGGAUUAAUUACUCAUUGAGAAUUUGUGGGGCCAUUUGGGAUGUGUGAUUUGGCCAUCUUUGAGUAUGAGGGAUAUGGAGUGACAGUUGCAACAUCCAUGAGCAAAUCUGUUGCAGGAUAGCAUACAGUGACUAUAUGUCUUCAAGCCUGACUAUAUUGUCACAUGUGUCUAGGCAAAAGACCCACUAGCUGCUAAAAGUUCUUUUAAAUUGUAUCACUGUUCCAUAAGAAAGUGUCCCUUUGCUGUGAUAUUAUAAUCACUUAUUACCAUCAUCAUUACAUUUGCACUAAUAAAGUUUUAUUUGAUUCUAACAUCUCUUUCUUGGUGAAUAACUUUUUUGUCAGUGUGUGUGUGUAACUAUUAAUUGAAAAGUAUUAUCAUGAUAUUUGAUUCUUUUAAUGAUUUUUUUCUCUUUAAUUUUAUAGAGAUUGAUAGUGAAUCCAGUUCAGAUGAAGAUACAGAAAGUGAAGAAGAGGAUACUUCUCUAGAAGAAUUGGAAAGAAAGAAAAAACAUCCAGAUAGGUUGCAUGAAGAAUUAUGGUAUAAUGAUCCAGGAGAAAUGAAUGAUGGACCAGUUUGUAGAUGUAGUGCUAAAGCUCGUCGGUCAGGUAUUCGUCAUGGAAUAUAUCCAGGAGAAGAACAUUUACCAUCAUGUGACCCAAAUAGCAAUAAUGCUGAUAGACUAUAUCAUUAUAGAAUCACAAUGUCUCCUCACACCAAUUUUCUGACAAAGUGUCCAACAAUUAUCAAACAUGAUGGACAUGAAUAUAUAUUUGAAGGCUUUUCUAUGUUUUCUCAUUUGUCUUUGAAAAAAUUGCCUACAUGUAAAGUAAUUCGAUUUAAUAUAGAAUAUACUAUAUUAUAUAUAGAAGAAAAAUUUCCUGAUAAUUUUACAAUUGAAGGACUAGAACUUUUUACUAAAUAUUUAUUUUAUGAAAUUCUUGAAUUGGUUGAUUUGGAUUGGAAAGCUCAUGGAGAUCCUAAUGGUUGUCCACGUGUUCAUUUCAUGCCAAGAUUUGCACGCUCAUUAGAAGAUAAUGGCAAAGAGUUACUUUCUAUGAAUGUUGUAUUACAAUACCUCUUAAAUAGUAAUUAUGCUUUGGUAAAGGAUGAAAAACUUCCAGCAUUAAUGGAUCUUUGUCAGCAUAAAUGGCAAGACUAUGCUGAUGAAGUACGUGGCAUGAUAGUUACCUAUCCAGGCAUGAAACCAUGUUCAUUAAGGGUUGAUCAACUUGAUCGUGAGCAGUGUGAACCAGAAAAAGGAAUAUAUCCUGAAAUUGUUCAUUUUGGAAUAAGACCACCUCAGUUAAGUUAUGCUGGAAAUCCAAGCUACCAGAAAGCUUGGAGAGAUUAUGUAAAGUUUAGGCAUUUAUUGGCUAAUAAACCAAAAGUGUUCUAUGCUGAUAGACAUAAAUUGCUUCAGAAGGAAAUUAAAUUACAAGAAAUGAGAAUGAAAAGCAAUUUAAAACGGGAUGUUACUGUUGUUGUCAGUAGCAAAGGCUUUUUUAGGACAGGCAUUAUGUGUGACAUAAUUCAAGUAAGUGUGAAUUUAUAAACAAUAAUGUUUCAAACAAAAAUGAUCAUCAUUUUAAGUCAUCUAGAAAAGAGCUAAAUAAGAUUUUAAAAAUGUUUUCAAAGUAGUCAGAUUAAAAUGUGUUGUUUAUUGUUUUAAAAAUUUAUUAAUUUUAACAUUAUCUGACAGUUGGCUUUAACUCAUCCAUCUUAUCGAGAGAAUUUUGGGACCAAUCCAGAUCAUGCACGAAAUUCAUUAACUAACUGUGGUAUUCGUCAGCCUGAGUAUGGUGAUCGGCGGAUUCAUUAUAUGAAUACACGCAAACGAGGCAUAAAUACUUUAAUAAAUAUUAUGUCUCGAUUUGGACGUAGAGAAGAAACAAUGUCCAGUAUUAAUCACAAUGAAAGAUUAGAAUUUCUUGGUGAUGCUGUUGUAGAAUUUCUUUCAAGUAUUCACUUAUUCUUCAUGUUUCCUGAUUUGGAAGAAGGUGGUCUUGCUACAUAUAGAGCUGCUUUAGUUCAGAAUCAACAUUUAGCUGUAUUAGCUAAGAAACUUGAAUUAGAAAGAUUUAUGUUAUAUGCCCAUGGAUCUGAUUUAUGUCAUGAUCUAGAACUAAGACAUGCAAUGGCUAAUUGUUUUGAAGCUUUAAUGGGUGCAUUAUUUCUAGACAGUGGUAUUAAUGUUGCUGACAGAGUAUUUUGUGAGACAUUAUUUUCAAAACCAGAAUUGAGAGACGUAUGGAAAAAUCUACCUCCACAUCCCUUGCAGGAACAAGAACCAGAGGGUGAUAGAAAAUGGAUUGAAGUGGUUCCACUUUUGAAAGAAUUACAUGAAUUUGAAAAAGCAACUGGUAUAGAAUUUACACAUAUCCGUCUUCUGGCAAGGGCAUUUACUCAUAGAAGUGUUGGUUACAAUAAUCUUACACUAGGAUCUAAUCAGCGGUUAGAAUUUCUAGGUGAUACUGUAUUACAGCUUGUUGCAUCUGAAUAUUUAUAUAGGCAUUUUCCAGAACAUCAUGAAGGACAUUUAUCAUUAUUACGAAGUUCAUUGGUAAACAAUCGUACUCAAGCAGUAGUCUGUGAUGAUUUAGGUAUGGUUGAUUAUGCCAUUUAUCCUUAUCCUAAAGGUGAUUUAAAAACUAAAGAUCGAGCAGAUCUUCUUGAAGCAUUUCUAGGAGCAUUAUAUGUAGAUAAAGAUCUUGAAUAUUGUCAAGUUUUCUGUCAAGUGUGUUUUUUCCCACGUUUACAGGAUUUCAUUAUGAAUCAAGAUUGGAAUGAUCCAAAAUCAAAACUACAACAGUGUUGUUUAACAUUAAGAACUAUGGAUGGUGGAGAACCAGAUAUUCCUGUUUACAAAGUAAUUGAAUGUAAAGGACCAACAAAUACUAGAGUAUAUACCGUUGCUGUGUAUUUUAGAGGUGAGCGUCUGGCUACUGGCUUUGGACACAGUAUUCAACAAGCAGAAAUGGCUGCUGCUUCAAAUGCAUUAGAUUCUUCAAAAGCCAAUCUCUUCCCACAACUUGGUCAUCAGAAGAGGGUUAUUGAACGUAGCAUGAAACAACAAGAUCAUCAUUUAAAACAGAAAGAAAAUCCUUAAAAUUUUAAU